AUGACCUCUGCGGGGUUCCCAUUCGGCACGAGACUAACACUUCCAUCUCUAGUCAUCGCGGCUGACGGGCUGUACAAACGCGAUGUUUUCCGAUUCCCCGAUCCGUUCGCCGUGGCUACUGUGGGAGGAGAACAGACGCAUACAACUUCGGUCAUCAAGAAAACUUUGAAUCCCUACUGGAAUGAGCCAUUCGACUUGAGGGUCAACGAGGACAGCAUUCUGGCAAUCCAGAUUUUCGACCAGAAGAAGUUCAAGAAGAAGGAUCAAGGUUUCCUCGGUGUCAUCAAUGUUCGGAUUGGAGAUGUUAUUGAUCUCUCCAUGGGUGGUGAUGAAAUGCUGACCCGGGAUCUGAAAAAAUCCAACGAUAAUCUGGUGGUGCACGGAAAGUUGAUCAUUAACUUGUCUUCCAACCUGAGUGCCCCGCAUCCAAACCAGAAUGGCAGCCAGCGCCAACAGCCGCAGACCUCCACGUCGAGCGGCCUGGUGCCCCAAGUGGCAGCCUCAAGUCAGUCCCAAGCAGGCCCCAGCAAUCUCGAUCCAUCCCCCGCCGCCGCAUCCAGUUCCUCUCUGAACCAGCGCACCUCGACGACAGGGCCGCCGACCGGACCCCCGCCCCCUUUGAAUGGCGCUCCCGCCAACCCACCCGGACCGGGCGUCCCAUCGCGUGCCAAUCUAAGCUCCUUCGAGGAUAGCCAGGGCCGACUCCCUGCAGGCUGGGAACGGCGAGAGGAUAACCUGGGACGGACAUACUACGUGGACCACAAUACCCGAACAACGACUUGGUCAAGGCCCGCGGCCAACUACAACGAGCACACCCAGCGUUCGCAGCGCGAAGCUAACAUGCAGCUCGAACGCCGCGCCCACCAGAGCCGAAUGCUUCCGGAAGACCGAACCGGCGCAAGCUCGCCCAACCUGCCAGAUGCCCAGCAAAUACCGACGCCACCUCCAGGGCCGACCGCAGGAACCUCCGUCGCAAGUGGAGCCCCAGCGGGCUCGAACGCUGCUGCGGUUUCCAUGAUGGCGACAGGAGCCACCACUGCAGGCACAGGGGAGCUUCCGCCAGGAUGGGAAAGACGUGUGACACCCGAGGGACGGCCUUACUUCGUGGACCACAACACCCGUACAACGACAUGGGUUGAUCCUCGUCGACAGCAGUACAUCCGCAUGUAUGGACAGGGCCAGACUAGCGGAGGCGCCAACAACACUACCAUCCAGCAACAGCCCGUAUCUCAGCUCGGCCCAUUGCCCAGCGGCUGGGAAAUGCGUCUCACCAACACCGCCCGAGUAUACUUCGUGGACCACAACACCAAAACGACUACUUGGGAUGACCCUCGUCUGCCUUCAUCGUUGGACCAGGGCGUUCCACAGUACAAGCGUGACUUCCGCCGCAAGCUGAUCUACUUCCGAUCCCAGCCUGCGCUGCGGAUCAUGUCCGGCCAGUGUCACGUCAAGGUUCGCCGUAAUAACAUUUUCGAAGACUCAUACGCCGAGAUUAUGCGGCAGAGCGCAUCCGACCUCAAGAAGCGCCUAAUGAUUAAGUUUGAUGGCGAGGAUGGUCUCGAUUACGGUGGUCUCUCACGUGAAUUCUUCUUCCUGCUCUCUCACGAAAUGUUCAAUCCUUUCUACUGUCUCUUCGAAUAUUCCGCCCACGAUAAUUAUACCUUGCAGAUUAAUCCCCACUCGGGCGUGAACCCCGAGCAUCUCAAUUACUUCAAGUUCAUUGGCCGAGUGGUUGGUCUGGCUAUCUUCCACCGUCGCUUCUUGGAUUCCUUCUUCAUCGGAGCUUUCUAUAAGAUGAUGUUGCGGAAGAAGGUUACUCUUCAAGAUAUGGAGGGUGUGGACGAGGACCUGCACCGUAACUUGGCAUGGACCCUGGAUAAUGACAUCGACGGAAUCGUGGAACUUACAUUCUCGGUGGAUGAUGAGAAGUUUGGCGAGCGUACCACUAUUGAUUUAAUACCCGGUGGUCGGGAUAUUACCGUCACCAACGAAAACAAGCCGCAAUACAUCGAGUUGGUUACCGAAUGGAAAAUUGUGAAGCGAGUUGAGGAGCAGUUCAACGCUUUCAUGUCCGGCUUCAACGAGCUGAUUCCCCCCGAUCUUGUUAACGUUUUCGAUGAGCGUGAACUCGAGUUGCUCAUUGGUGGUAUCGCUGAUAUCGAUGUUGACGACUGGAAGAAGCACACCGACUACCGUGGUUACCAGGAGCAAGAUGAGGUCAUCCAGAACUUCUGGAAGAUCGUCCGCACCUGGGAUGCCGAACAGAAGUCUCGUCUGCUCCAGUUCACUACUGGUACCUCGCGUAUUCCCGUCAACGGUUUCAAGGAUCUGCAAGGUUCCGAUGGCCCCAGACGCUUUACCAUCGAGAAGUCGGGUGAUCCCAACGCACUGCCCAAGUCACAUACCUGCUUCAACCGUCUUGAUCUCCCUCCUUACAAGACGCACGACGCCCUCGAGCACAAAAUGUCUAUCGCGGUGGAGGAAACACUUGGCUUUGGACAAGAAUAG